AUGGUUCCUUUUGCUUCAUUUCUCCACCACCUUUUCACUAUUCUCAGCUUCUUCACCCUCUUCACCAUAAACCCUACUCUCUCCACUGAUUUGGGCAAUGAAUUCUCAAUCCUCAGCUUCAAUUCUGAUGACUUAUAUGGAGACUACUCGCCUCCAUCGCCGCCGCCGAGUCCGCCGGAGCCUCGGCCGCCCUCACUCUCCUGCAGUGAGGGUCUGAAUGCAACUGGGUCUUUCGACACCGUAUGUGAGCUGAACUCUAGCUUGAUUCUUGAUAAUGAUGUGUAUAUACAUGGAAAUGGGAGCUUUUAUAUCCUCCCUGGUGUUAAUUUGAGCUGCCCACAUUUGGGGUGCUCCAUUGUGGUUAAAAUUAGUGGAGAUUUUAGUUUAGGUAGCAAUUCAGUGAUUAUUGCCGGGUUAGUUUCGGUUAAUGCUUCCAAUGCUAGCUUGUUUACUGGUUCAAUGAUCAAUGUUACCGCGAUGGCGGGGGAGCCGCCUCCAAUGACUAGUGGCUCACCAAGGGGUGUGCAGGGUGCUGGUGGAGGUCAUGGUGGGAGAGGAGCUAGUUGUGUCACAGAUAACAGUAAGCUCCCAGAUGAUUUUUGGGGUGGGGAUCCGUAUGCUUGGUCAUCGUUGGAAGAGCCGAAAAGUUUUGGGAGUAAGGGUGGGAGUACUAGUAAGGAGGUGAAGUAUGGUGGGGAAGGAGGUGGGAGGAUUUGGUUGGAGGCAAGAAACUCGAUUGUUCUUGAGGGAAAUGUUGUGGCUGAUGGUGGUGAUGGCGGUAUGAAGGGUGGAGGAGGGUCAGGAGGCAGCAUAUACAUUAAAGGUCUUAGAAUGACUGGAAGUGGCAGGAUAAGUGCAAUUGGGGGUAACGGAUUUGCUGGAGGAGGAGGGGGAAGAGUUUCUAUCAAUGUUUUUAGUAGGCGUGGUGAACCAGGAAUCUUCAGUCAUGGGGGAAGGAGUUUAGGCUGUCCUGAAAAUGCAGGUGCUGCAGGGACAUAUUAUGAUGCUGUCCCUCGGAGGCUUAUAGUCAGCAACCAUAACUUGUCCACACGGACUGACACGCUUCUGUUGGAGUUUCCUAAACUGCCCCUCUGGACAAAUGUUGAUAUACAAGAUCAUGCCAAGGCUUUGGUUCCUUUGUAUUGGAGCCGUGUUCAGGUUAGAGGUCAAAUUCGUUUAUCAUGUGCGGCAGUUUUGAGUUUUGGUCUUCAACAAUUUGCUUCAUCUGAGUUUGAGUUAAUGGCAGAAGAGCUUCUCAUGAGUGAUUCUAUCAUCAAGAUAUUUGGAGCUCUUCGAAUGUCUGUGAAAAUGCACUUGAUGUGGAAUUCCAAAAUGCUUAUUGAGGGUGGUGUUGAUACACUUGUGCAAACAUCCUUGCUUGAAGCAACUAAUUUAGUGGUUCUCAGGGAGUCCUCGGUGAUACAUUCUAAUGCUAAUUUGGGAGUUCAUGGACAAGGUUUCUUGAAUUUGUCUGGGGCAGGAGAUGUUAUUGAAGCGCAACACCUGGUUUUGUCUCUAUUUUUUAGUAUCAAUGUUGGACCUGGAUCUUUUCUGCGAGGGCCUUUGGAUCACAGCAGUAGUAACUUUACGAGACCCCAACUCAACUGUGAGCUCCCAAAUUGCCCUGCGGAAUUACUUCAUCCACCUGAAGAUUGUAACAUGAACUCUACAUUGACCUUCACUCUUCAGAUCUGUCGAGUUGAAGAUGUUAUUGUUAGAGGCAUUAUAACUGGAUCUGUUAUACAUUUUCACUGGGUUAGAGAGGUAGUUGUACACUCUUCUGGGGUAAUUACUGCAUCUGGUCUGGGUUGCACUGGUGGGCUGGGUAGAGGAAGAUUUUUUUUAAAUGGUCUUGGCAGCGGUGGCGGGCAUGGAGGCAAAGGUGGAGAUGGGUUUUACGAGGGAAAUUUUAUUGAAGGCGGUGCUUCCUAUGGAAAUGCUGAUUUACCUUGUGAACUUGGUAGUGGUAGUGGAAAUGAUAGUCUAGCUGGUGCAACAGCAGGUGGUGGUAUUAUUGUACUGGGUUCAUUGGACCGCUCAUUGUCUAGUUUGUCUGUUGCUGGCUCUCUUAGAGCUGAUGGAGAAACCUUUGGAGAAAAUUUUGGGGAGAAUGUUGGUAAGACCAUUUCAAAUAUAGGUCCUGGUGGUGGAUCCGGUGGUACUAUUCUUUUAUUCGUUCAGACAUUAGCACUUGGUGAUUCUUCUACAAUCUCAACUGUUGGUGGGCAUGGUAGUCCUAGUGGUGGCGGUGGAGGUGGUGGUGGGAGGAUUCACUUCCAUUGGUCGGAUAUACCAGUUGGGGAUGCAUAUUUACCCAUUGCAAGCGUGGGAGGAAACAUUAAUACUGGGGGAGGAUUCGGUAGAGGAAAUGGUCGUGCUGGACAAAAUGGGACUAUCACUGGAAGGGCCUGUCCCAGAGGGUUAUAUGGUAUUUUUUGUGAGGAAUGCCCUCUUGGCACAUUUAAGAAUGUCAGUGGCUCUGCUAGAUCCCUUUGUCGUGCUUGUCCGUCUUUUCAGCUACCGCAUCGUGCCAUAUAUGUUACUGUUCGAGGUGGUGUUACGGAGACUCCAUGUCCAUACAAGUGUAUUUCUGAUAGAUAUCACAUGCCAAACUGUUAUACUGCAGUUGAAGAAUUGGUAUACACUUUCGGUGGACCAUGGUUGUUCAGUCUUAUUCUGUUAGGUCUCCUCGUCUUCUUAGCUCUUGUGCUCAGUGUUGCACGAUUGAAAUAUGUUACUACAGAUGAAUUGCCGGCUUCUGUACCUGCUCGACGGGGCUCCCGUUUAGAUAAUUCUUUUCCUUUCCUUGAAUCGUUAAAUGAGGUAUUGGAAACAAAUAGAAACGAGGAAUCUCAGAGUCAUGUCCAUAGGAUGUAUUUCAUGGGGCCAAAUACAUUCAGUGAACCUUGGCAUCUACCUCAUUCCCCUCCAGAACAAAUAACAGAUAUAGUAUAUGAGGAUGCAUUCAAUAGGUUUGUGGAUGAGAUCAAUGGUUUAGCUGCUUAUCAGUGGUGGGAAGGAUCAGUCUACAGCAUUCUUUCCAUUCUUGCUUAUCCACUUGCUUGGUCAUGGCUACAGAGUCGACGGAAACAUAAAUUACAACAACUUCGUGAAUUUGUUCGAUCAGAAUAUGAUCAUUCUUGCUUGCGUUCUUGUCGCUCCCGUGCUCUAUAUGAAGGGAUUAAGGUGGCUGCAACUACAGAUCUGAUGCUUGCAUACGUGGACUUUUUCCUAGGUGGAGAUGAGAAAAGAGCUGGCCUUCCUCCCCGUCUUCAUCAGAGAUUUCCAAUGUCUAUAAUUUUUGGAGGAGAUGGAAGUUACAUGACUCCUUUCUCUCUUCAGAGUGAUAACAUUCUUACUAGCCUCAUGAGUCAAUCUGUUCCACCAACCAUCUGGUAUCGGCUUGUAGCCGGUCUAAAUGCUCAAUUGCGCUUAGUCCGGCAUGGACACCUAAAAUUGACUUUUAGUCACGUUAUUAGCUGGCUUGAAACACAUGUGAAACCCACUCUUGGUGCAUUUGGCAUACAUGUUGAUCUUGCCUGGUUUCAGCCUACAGCGUCUGGAUAUUGCCACUUUGGAAUUGUGGUUUAUACUACGGAAGUUGAAAGUCUGCCUCCUGAAUUGGAUGGUCAAGAUGCAUUCUUUCAACCAGAGCAUCAGUCACGCAUGCCAAUAAAUCAUUGGGAAAACCAGAUUGAACAUAUGAGACUCGUGGACCUUUGGAUGUCUCAAAAGAAGUUUUCUGGAGGGAUUUUACACACCAAAGGCUUGAGGAUGUUAAAAGAGAAGAAAGCCAUAUGUUAUCCCUUCGCUUUUGUACUUUAUAAUACUAAACCCAUUGCUCAUCAGGAUCUCGUUGGUUUGGUCAUUUCUGUUCUACUCUUGGGAGACUUUAGCUUAGUUUUGCUCACUUUGUUGCAGCACUAUUCUAUUUCACUCUUAAGUUUAUUCUUAGUCUUGUUCAUUCUUCCUCUCGGUCUACUGUUCCCCUUCCCGGCUGGAAUCAGUGCUUUGUUUAGUCAUGGGCCUAGACGUGCAGCAGGUCUUGCUCGUUUAUAUGCUUUGUGGAAUAUCACAUCCCUGAUCAAUGUUGUUGUUGCUUUUAUGUGUGGAUUGAUUCAUUAUAUGACUCACUCAAAUAGAAGGCAUUCCAACUUUCCGUCCUGGAGUUUUAGCAUGGAUGAAAGUGAAUGGUGGGUGCUUCCUUGUGGUCUAGCACUGUGUAAACUUGUCCAAUCAUGGCUCAUUGAUUGCCAUGUUGCAAACCAGGAAAUUCAGGAUCACUCGUUGUACAGCAAUGACCCUGAACUGUUCUGGCAGUAGUGGCAGAUGCAUCGACCCUGAAGAACCCUGAUUUCUUUUACUUUAUUCUACCAUAAAUUUUGGUACAUAUUCAGCCCCUUAUAGGAAGUACAUUUUUGCUCUAGGUCACAUUGCAUUUUCGGACAGUACAACCAUAGCUUGUAACAGUCUUCUGACUUUUCUCAAUCUUUAUGGCAAUUUUCAUCGU